AGGUCAGAACUAUUGCAGAACCUCGCCUCAUGCAGGUCAGAACUAUUGCAGAACCUCGCCCCAUGCAGGUGUUCCCGAUCCCCGAGUCGGUGUUCACGGUGGACAAGAGUCGGUCCGGCAAAGGGCGCGUGGUGGUCAAGGCUGUGCAGCUCGGCGCCGGCGACGCGCCGCUCAGAUGCGAGAUUUCCGGCGAAGCUCCGUACUUCCGGACGGACGAGCGCUGGGCCAAGAUGGAGGUCGCGGUUGUGCCCUCGGACCCUCCUUCCCUCACGGGCGUCGCUGGAAUGUAUGCCCUCAACUCCCACGCUCUUAAUUUAUCUACACUCCCCCUCCUCUCCCUCAGUUGUGCCCUCGGACCCUCCUUCCCUCACGGGCGUCGCUGGAAUGUAUGCCCUCAACUCCCAGGCCCUCGCCACCUGCACGGCGCCCCCCGCUCUGCCCAAACCUGAACUUGAGUUCCGCGUCAACGAUGAGAAGGUGCACCCAUCUCUCCUCCUCGAGCCGCUCGUGCAGCUGAACAACGCUACGAAGCUCUACUCGGUGUCACAAACUCUACGGUUACGCACAACUCUUUCCGUUGCACGCAGAGGCUACGUCAUAGUUCGAUGUUCGGCUUCGGUUCGUGAUCUCUAUUGGAAAAAUUCCGAAGUGAAACUCAACGUUGAUGUUCCCGAACAAUUCAGACAGAGACCCGAGUUCCACUUAUUCGGUGACGCCGCAAUGCCGACAUCGUCUCCAGUUUUCUUAAUUUUCCUGAUGACGUCAUCGUUUGCUCUACGUUUCUAGUCCCGCUACAACCCAAGCUUUUUGUACAUAAUCUUGACGCAAACUGAAUAUGUUCUUGAUAUGUUCAUACUCCUGACGCAUGAUAUGUCCAUGUCAGUGAUACAUGUCAUAUACUUGUCCUUGAGAUGUGACAUGUACUUGGACAUGUCCAAUAAUAAUAUUAUUGGACAUCGAAUUAAAACAU